CAGCCUUCUCCGCGCAGCCCGCCGCUCAUCCUGGAGCCUUCUCCAAGGCGUGCGGGGAAGCAGGACUCUUCGUGGUCGGGACCCUGGGCGCCCGGACAUGUUUCCGGGAGCCACUCUCAGCAGCGCACCUACCGGAAGCGUGCCUAUUGCGGCGGAAGGAGAUGCUCCCUGGAAGCGGCUGGUGGUGAAAGGAUCGUGGCGUCAAAGAUGAUUCAGGCGAUUCUGGUGUUCAAUAACCAUGGGAAGCCGCGGCUGGUCCGCUUCUACCAGCGUUUCCCAGAAGAAAUUCAACAGCAGAUUAUUCGAGAGACCUUCCAUCUAGUUCUCAAGCGGGAUGACAACAUCUGUAACUUCUUGGAGGGUGGAAGUUUGAUUGGUGGCUCUGACUACAAACUGAUUUAUCGUCAUUACGCUACCCUCUACUUUGUAUUUUGUGUGGAUUCAUCAGAGAGUGAACUUGGGAUCUUGGACCUCAUCCAGGUUUUUGUGGAGACUCUGGAUAAGUGUUUCGAAAAUGUUUGUGAAUUGGAUUUGAUCUUCCAUAUGGAUAAGGUGCACUACAUCCUUCAGGAGGUGGUGAUGGGUGGAAUGGUGUUGGAAACAAACAUGAAUGAAAUUGUGGCUCAGAUUGAAGCCCAGAACAGGCUGGAGAAGUCCGAGGGUGGCCUUUCAGCAGCACCUGCCCGGGCUGUGUCUGCCGUGAAAAACAUCAACCUGCCGGAGAUGCCUCGGAAUAUCAACAUUGGUGAUCUCAACAUCAAGGUCCCCAACCUCUCCCAGUUUGUCUGAGAGUGGAAGAUGGCUGAACUGAGUCCUUAGAACCAGCAAAGCUGAGCCAGUCCUGCAGCAAAACCCACUCUGCGCCCCAAAGGAGUCCAGGCUCAGGCCCUGGCCCCUGCUGUCCUGGAGCUGGAGGGAGUCCUGUGUCCACUGCCAGCCUCUGCUCGCUUCUCACGUGUGCAGCCUUGCCGGUCUCUCAUACACGCGGCCACUGCAGAUGUGAAGGGUCCUGGCUUCCUCAGUGGGGGUCAGGUGCCCGAGCCACUUGCCCCCUUUACCUCCCACAUGCAGCCACUCCUGGGGAUUGGGGACUGUAGUAAGAGGCCCCCCUGUUCCCAGAACCCUACCACGAGGAUGUUCUCUGACUCGAGUCUUCAACCUGAGCACAGCAAGGCUCCUGAGGUCCUGUAGUGUUGACUUUGCUGGCGAGGUGCCAUAGCUAGAAAAGGACUGAUCCUCUAGAUUUGGGGGUGUGGUGAGUGGCAAACAAGGGCAGGAUUUUAUGAGAACCAGAGUUGCCUACUGGCUCUACUAGGGUUGGCACACCCAGAAUCCUUUUGUAUAGCCAAGCUUUCUCAUCACCACCUCCUGCGGCAUACAUUCCCCACUGCCACAGUCCUGGCUAUACUCUCCCAGCUGUUUAUGUUCAGGACAGAAUCCACAUCAUUAGCCUGUUGUUUGCCUGACCCCCACAUUUCUGCCAUUAGGGAGAGCACUCCCCACAGCUAGAGCGGUUCCCCUCAAAGGGGAGGGGCCCUGUGUCUGUAGAAGGCAAAGCUGAUAACAUGCGGAACAUCCCAGAAUUGUGACUCUUCCAGGUUUAAAAUAGAUUCCCCUCCCUAGGA